CAUCCACUUAUCACCUCCUGGAGUAUGAGAACCAGUUCUCUACUGACCUGUUGCCAAACUGUUACAACUGAUACUGUGGUAACAAGUCUAGUUUAGUGGGUCACUCCUUGUGAAAUAAUUUCAUACCUGUUUUGUGGUUUUUAGCUUUUAUUGUUUUUCCAUCUGCUUACAUCCAUCCACUACUACAGCUUGCUGAUCCUAGUUUCUGGAAGAAACUUUCCUCUUACUUGUUUUCUCAGUCACAGACUCUCAGAUUCUGACUCUCUGUAUGCUUUAUCUAUGUAUCUAUCAUUACACAGUUUUGUGUUUGAUUCACAUGCCAAUAGUCCCACUUUAUUCUUGCCUGUUCCAGAAAGGAGUUCCAGUGUCCACACUCUUAAGUGCUUGAGCUUGUAGCUAAACAUGUGCAACAUUUUGAUCCAAAGACUGAAAGCUAAAGUUGUUUCACAACUUGAGUCACAACCUCCAAGUAUCAGACAUGACUACUGUGGGCUCCACCGAGCACUAAGAGAAGAAUCCUAUUGUCCUGCUUCUAAGACCACAUCAGUGUUUUCAGCAUUCCAGUUAAAACUCUGCUCUCUUCUGCUGAGUGCAGUUCAAAGUCCAACUUUUACAAGUGAGUCAUUAAUAAACAGACAAUGCAACCAACAAGUAAUAUAAACUGAAAUAAACAUCAGAUAAAACAAAGAAACCAUAAACUUUGGCAUUGGAAAGGUGCCUGCAACAGUUAAAAUGAACCUUUGAGCUGCUUUGAUGUUCAUCAUUAUUUUAUCGGUGGCUCUUUUUGAAGCACUAGAACUGAGUGUUUUCACACAGACUCCCACAGCAACAGGAUUGUUAAAACCUUUAACAAACUGGACUGUGACGACUCAGGAAACCUGAUCUGCAGCUGCUCAUCAUCAUGGACGGCUGGGUUUGGCUUGUUUUCACUCUGGCUGUUCCUUUAGUCUCCUUCACAGCUGGAGCAGAGUUAACUUCAACAACAGACAUCCCUGAUACUGCAGCUACUGCACUCCUUCCUACUGAUGUUCCUGAUGAUUCUACUACUGCACAAAAUAUAACUACUGAACAAAGCAUUACUACUGUAACUCCAGGGGAUAUCACUACUAUAACAACAGUUCCUAACAAUACCACUUCAUCUAAUACUUCUAAUUUGAGUACCACAACACAAGAUACUGAUCCAACCACUGACUCGGAGACACCAGAUUAUCCAGAAACUCCUCCCACUAGUGCCAGUCCUGUUCUUACAACUACAGAUUUUACCAGGCCUGAUACGACUGUUAGUCAGAUAACUGAUACUACCUCCAACCCCAUGACUGAUCAAAUGAAUACUACUCACUAUUCUCCUAUGACUACUAUUACAAGUGAUACUAAUACAACUACUCCUUACACAAACACUACUGCUACUUUCUACCCAACUACUGGUGCAAAUAUUACUACUUACAGUACUCCUACUACAAUUGGUACUAAUGCUACGAGCCCAUACACUAACAGUACUUUACCUCCUAAUCCUACAACAAUUCCUUCAGCAAACACCACUCAUUAUAAUUCAACUACUAUACCUAUUACUACUGCUAAUACUACUACCACCACUAUAUCCCCAACUACGCUUACCCCUCCUACCACCACUGCUCUGAUAUGUGAUAACGGAGGGAAACCAGAGAACGGUGUCUGCAUCUGUCCUGAUGAAUGGACUGGAGUAACAUGCUCAGAAGAAAACUUCUGCGGAGAGAAGCAGCUAGGAGGCUUCAGUUUCCCUCGUACACCCAUCGGCUGGUUUGCGUAUUCUGAGGAAAAAUGUGAAGUAGGAACGAGUGGUGCUGGUAAAUCUAAAUCUUCAGCUAGGUGUUUGUCCAUGAAUGGAUCACCAGGUUUCAGCCCUCCACAGAUCUUCCAGUGUGACCUGACGCUCAGUGACAUACAAAAAAAUCUCACAAGUCCAGCUGAUUUAGAGACACUGGCGACCAGCACUCAGAUUCUGACAUCCAAAACAGAAGAGCUGACGGCUGAAAAUGUUACAGCAGCGGCUGAGAUUGUCAACACACUGCUGCUGUCUGCAAACGCCACAGAGAGUGUCAGAGUGUCAGCAGUAGCAACAGUCAGUCAGCUGCUGAACGCCACUGUACCAGAUGAUACCAAGGGAAACAACGCAACUCUGGGGCUGACGGUGACUCUGGACCAGCUGUCAGUGAACCUCAGCCUCAGUCAAAAUACAUCUCAAUCUCAAGUGGUUCAGCCGAACUUGGUGGUCCAGUCGGCACAGAUCCCUGCUGCAGACACUCACGGAGUCCAGUUCACCUCUCUCAGAGGGAUUUCUGGGAAUUUUUUGCCCAACAGAAUUCAUCUGAACACAAAUGCAACACAGGUCGUGAUGGAAAACAGCUUCAUAGCUGAUGCCCUCAUUUACAUACGAUUCCCGCCAGGCGAAGAUGCCAGAAGUCGUCAGACAGACUCAAACGUCUCUCUGGGUUUCGUUCUCUAUCAGAACGAUUGUUUCUUUCGUUCAAAACUCUAUAUGAGGCGACGGGCUACCGUCAGGGUCCUGUCAGCCAGUGUCAGAGGGCAGGAACCCAACGUGGUGCCACAACAUGUGGAGAUGAUGUUCAGACCAAGAGUGAUCAAUGGGACGUCUCUGUACGACUUCUCCUGCGUUUUCUGGAACUACAGUCAGAAGGACUGGAGCACCAGCGGCUGCUCUAAAGGAAACACUUCAGAUGGACUCAUGAGAUGUUUCUGUAACCACACCACCAACUUUGCUGCUCUCUGGUCAUUCAGUGAGAACUACGAGUAUGCAGAAGCUCUGGGUGCGAUCUCCAUCGUGGGACUCUCUCUUUCUUUUCUGGGUUUGAUUGUGACGAUCAUUUAUAACGUUAAAGAAAUUUUUCAGAAUGAACAGAAGAAAAACCUGAUAUCUCGGCUGUGCAUCUACUUCAGCCUGCUGGCCUUCAUCAUCACCUUUGUCUCUGGAGUCCAAAACUCCAGCAGACAAAUUGACAUUGAGGUGCAGACUGACGAUCGGACCAACAACCUCUUGGACUCGGACGAACACGUAGAACCAGACCGCGGUUCGUGUACGGCUGUAGCGGCUCUGCUGCACUUCCUCCUGAUGGCCACCUUCAUGUGGAACAGCGUGAACGGUACUCAGAUCCUGAUUCAGAAAAUGCGCCGCAGUCUACCACCUCACUGGACUCUGCUGAGCAUGGCUCUGGGAUGGGGAGUGCCAGCCUUGUUCAUGACCAUCACACUGGGGGUGACCUACAGGGUGGACAAUCCUCUGAGAUACAGACAGGAGGAAUUUUGCUGGCUGGCAGCGCUGGAUAAGAACAAACACUUCAGCUUUGAGAAACCUUUGUUUUGGGGUUUCCUCCUUCCAGUCGGCCUGAUCCUGAUCUACAACAUCGUCCUGCUGGUUUAUGUGUCCAUUAAAGCAACCAGGAAAUGCUGCUUCAGGAAGAGUUUCCUUGAAUGCUUCACUCUGGCUGUGUUACUGGGUGUGUCCUGGGUUUUUGGGUAUCUGGUCCUCGUCACUUCAGGAACAAUGAACCUGGUCUUCAGCAUUUUGUUCUGCCUCUGCACAACCACACAGGGUCUUCAGAUUUUUAUCAUCACAGCCACUACGCCGACCUUCAGAGCCGCCAUGUCCCGAUCAGUGCAGUACCUUUCCUCAGUCAGCAUCUCGUUUAACAAUGUGAAGUACCGUCUGUGGAAGAACUGGCACAACAACCACUCGGAGAAAUACAGGGAAAGAUGAGGUCAUAACAAACAGCUGACCCAUGACUUGGGGAUGAUUUUAAAAGCAUCUAUAUUCAAUUAUUUUUAACGUGAACAUAAACUAAAUAACUGCAUCACAGUCAAUCAAAAAUCAGAGUCAUGAUCACAUCAACAAUAAACCUCCAGAAAUCUCCUCAAACUCAUUUAAAUCUGUGGAACAAGCAGAAUUAGACUAUUUUGUUUGUUUUGUUGAUGAACAAGUUUUCCCUGAAAUUUUUCUGGGUAGGGACAAAAAGCAGAUCUGCUAAAGGAACUCAAUUUCCCAGGAUGCUCCAGGAUGUUUGGGCUGCUUUGCUGCAGGCAGACUUUCUUUGACCGGACAGAAACCAAACACUAGCACAGUCACGUGUUCAGGAACAGACUGCAGGUAUGAAGACUGGUUUUUAUUGUUAUUUUAAGCAUCAGCAUUGCUCUCCAAGUAGCGCCUUGUAUCAGUCUGAAGUGAUUCAUGUUGGUAAAAGUGUCUACACUAGCCUUGUAAAAAACUAAAGUGACCCAGGUGGAAAAAAACAGUGGCUAUUCCUGCUUCCUGAACAUUCUGGUCUGAGAUCAGACUCGAGUUCAGCAGGUCCGUUAUUUAUAUGUGUGUGUGUGUGUGUGUCUGUGUGUGUGUGUGUGUGUGUGU